AUGCUGUUGCCUCUCUUCGGGCUCCUCGCUGCGGCGAGCAGCUUGUUAUCCCUCGCGACGGCCCAUAACAUACAGAUGAAGGCGUAUAUGCGGGAAUGCUUCCACGAACAGCUCCACAAAGACGACCAGAUGACAGUCACGUUUCAAGUUGGCGACCGGGAGUUUGGAGGUAGUGGGAAUCUGGAUAUCGACUUUUGGAUCGAGACUCCCUCACGCGGUUACCAAGUUCACGAACGCGGCGUAUCGUCCGGAGAUCACUCGUUUACUGCCAAGGAAGACGGCACAUAUACAUACUGCUUCAACAAUGAGCAUUGGGGCGCAAACACAAAGGAGGUGUCAUUCAACGUCCACGGAAUCGUCUACGUUCCCGAGUCGGAAGCCCCGCAGGAUCCUCUGGAGAAGGAGGUACGAUCCCUUUCGGAGCUGGUGGCGCAGGUCAAGGAUGAGCAAAGCUACAUCAUUGUGCGGGAGCGGACACACCGGAACACGGCGGAGAGCACCAACACUCGAGUCAAGUGGUGGAGCAUCUUCCAAAUGUUUGUGUUGGUAGGGGUGGGCAUAUUCCAGGUCUGGUGGCUGAAGAGAUUCUUCGAGGUCAAGCGCGUCGUGUAG